GACUUCUACUCUAGCCUUCGUCAGGUGUGAACGUCUUCCUCCCCUGAGUAUCAGUGACGAAUUUCCAAUGUUCUCUCUGGACGCUUGUCGUCAUCUAUUUUGUUCUCCAGGCACAUUACGAGAGGGGCACCUGUCAUCGGGUUAAUUUAAGUCACCUCUAUUUUUCGGCACUGCUGAAAAUUCUUUCACGGUUUUGGUGCAGAGUCGGUUACUGAACCAAGGUAAUUGGUUACAACAUUUAAGUUAUGAACAGCCCUGGCUCUUUCUCUUCAGAGACUUAAAUCAUCAGCUUGGUAAAAAUGCCUACAGCAGGAGCUAUGACUCUGAUGUUUAUUGGGGUCAUUCUCUUUGCUAUAAUACUGUUUGUGACCUGUUUUAAGAGGCAAGUUGGCCGUAUGAAAGAUCGUUCAAGAAGAGAUCCUCAUAUACCUGGUUCUGAGGCUAAAAAGGCAUUAAAGCGAGAAAUAGAGCGACGGCUAGACCGGGUUGCUGACAUAUACUACGAACCCAAGUUGCUCAUGCUAGAGAUUGACAACAAAACAAAUUCUGACCUCCCUCCUUAUUACUUUAGGAUGAAAGCUGUUGAUAAUAUGAAAUAUUUAGAGCAGGAGUUGUCAUCUCUGGAAGGAGUUGGAGUUCGUGGACCCAGGGAAAGUAUUAGAGCCUUCCUGAUGAACCUUACCAACCCCGGAGGUGUCUUAGCACUAGUGGAGCCACGCAUCAUCCAUGAGCUUUGCGACUACUAUGAUCAUGCUCGAUAUCAUCCCAUGCAGUUUACUGCAGCACAGUUUACUCCAUACCACAGUUUGCUGCUGCGCAUUUUACAUUGUGGUCGCAAUGGAGAGAAAUUUUCUGGUCGUGUCACUUCCACAGUCAAGGCACCCAGCGAUCAUGAUUCAGCAAUUGAUGAACCUGAACAUGACCACAGUGGGGAUGAUGAAAACUUAAUCAUCACAGAUUCCAACAUGGUGCUGCUCCAUAGACCAUCAUCACUCAAAGUAUCUCCUGAAGAUAAUUUUGAGACAUCAGUCUGAAGUUAGUUCAUGCUAGAAUCUUCUAUGCCCUUCAGAUUUGGUGUCCACUGGUGCUAACCAGUGUUUAUACAAGUAAGAUUGUUGCAUAUUUACCUCAUUGUUUGUGCAUGCAAAGCAGUCACUGUUAAUGUAAUGACAUGCUUUGUCAUUAGCACGGAAAUUCUUAAAGCUUUAAUUAUUUUUUACACUUCCAUAACUGUGUUUGAUGCUCUAUAGGUACAAUGCUGUGGGUAAAAUUGAUCAUGCAGAUGUAUUAUUGAAUUUUAUAUUAAAUUAUUUAUGAAUUCAUAUGCUAGAAUUUAAGUUAAUUUUUCUUGUGGUAGCUCUCUGGCUUUCUGUAUGGGUGUAAACUGACAUAUGGUGUAAACUGACAGAUGGUGUAAACUGACAGGAGAAAAGCUAGGUAUAGGGUGUUGUGAGUGGAUGAGAGCAUUGCUUUUUGACAGACUUACAAAUGCUGUAUGGUUAGGUUGCGAGGGCUCUUUAGGACCAAAGCAAGGGUAUUUGAAUAUUAAGUGGAUAUAUGUUUAUAGAUUUUAGUUACCCACAGUGAAAAGGAAGAAAUAGCACAAAUAUUUCCAGGUUCAACAAGCGAGUAAUUUAACUGUAAGAUGGAAGCCUUUAUAAAUGCAAACAAGUUAGGCCCCAAAGCUAAGAACAAAAGCAAAAUGAAUACCACAGCAGUUCUUACAGACAUGAUUGAUGGUGGAGAUCUCAGCCUUACUCUUGUAAUGGUUGUUGAUAUUUCUCUGUGGUUAGUCAGAUUUGAGAAGAGAGGCAUUAAACCUAGGCUUGAUAUUCUUUUUUAAGAUAUUAACCUUUUUAAUAUUACUAGUCAAAGUUUUCCUUAUUUCUCUGCCACAGACUCUUGAUUAACCCACAUAAGCAAUUUCAGCAUCAUUGGAAUUUAUUCUGUCUACAUACUUGAUGUAAUACAGUAUUAUUUUUAUCCCCAGUAUGUGCAAAUAUUGGUGCUGAUACAGUUGACAUUGAAGUCAUUUGUUUCCCAAUUAUAAUACUUAUCAUAGUCAGAGUAAGGAAUCUUAUAAAGUUAUCCCAUAUUUAUCAAAAAGAGUUACUUUUUUAAAAAUUACAUGCAAAUUAACCCUUUGAGGGUCCGUGCCAUAGAUAUGCGGCUUUACGUUGAGGGUUCAAACCGUAGAUGUACGUCAUGAGUUCAGCUCGCUCUGCUAAGCUGUGAGCGAUAAAUUUUGGCCUAGAUAUGAGAGAAUAUAUCUAUGUGGUAUGUGUGCACCACAUAAAACAAAUCCUGCAGCACAUAGUGCAUAAUAAGAGAAAAAACUGAGAUCGUAAUUAUCGAUUCAAACAGUGACUUUGCAGUGUUUUUUCGUAUGAUUUUUAUAGUUGUAUUUGCGAUUUCUUUGUCUCAUUUGAUAGAAUGGAAGAUAUAUUACAGAAAUAGAGAUAAUUUUGAUUAGUUUUAGUACUGGAAAUGGCUUGAAACUGAGCUCAAAGUAGCGGAAAUGUUAAAUUUUUGCCGAUGUUCAAGAGUAAACAAAUGACCUCACACGUCUAAUACACGCCUGCUAGUGGAUCUAAUAUAUGUUCACAAAUGUGGUGAAAUUAUUUAUACAAUUAUUACAAUAUUGCAUAACAGUAAAUCUUCUAUUUUUUGGUAUGAAUAAAAAUUUAUUAUAUGAAUAAAAAAUCAAAAUGGAAUUCAUUAGUAAAGCCUGAAAACGUAACUAAUGAACAGAGGAAAUGUUAGUUUAGUGCCAGGAAUGCCUGCAUUGUUUAUUCUGGACCCUGUUUUGAAAUUGGAGUAUUUUGAACUUUGCAUUAAAUUGGCCAAAUUACCAAUUUCCGAUCACUUUAUUUUGUAGUUGAAACAGUUGACUUGGCGAAUUCUUGUGCUCAAUCGAUAGAAUAGAAGCAAUACUACUGGAAUAGCUAAGAAUUUGGUCGACUGGAAUAAUGUAAUUGGCCUAAGAUGGGAGUCAAAGUUCGCAAAAUUGCCGAUGCGUAAAUAUCACUUGACACAUCAAAAUUUGCGAGAGCAUAAUUUCGUCAAUUUUCCAUCAAAUUUCAUACUUUUUGUUUUAUUACCUUCAGAAAAAGAUUCUCUACCAUUUCAUAAGAAAAAAUAAAAUUAUUUUUUGAAAAUUCUUGGACACUGGUGCACCCUUUGAAAUUUGGCCUCUGGACCCUGAAAGGGUUAAUAAAGAACAUUCUUCUAAAAUUUGACCAGUCAUCAAGAAAGAUCUCCUGAAGGGAUCUUGGUGCUGGUGAAGGGCUCUUGAUCCAAAGAGCUGAACCCAAAUGCCUCCCAAUUCACAGGUGCUAUAUGACCUCUAGGUUUAGUGCUUCCCAAUUCAAAAUAAAAUAAAGAAAAAUCAUUGACCAACCAAGUGUAGAGCUGAAGUCUCCAUGAUAGAUACAUGACCCUUUCAGGGUUGAGACCCCUGAUCUCAAACUUACUCUCAGGAUCGAAGAAUUAAAAAAAAAAAUUAUUUUAUAAAAUGGAGAGUCUUUUUCUGAGGGUAAUGAAACCAAAAGUACGAAAUUUGAUGGAAAACUUACGAAAUUACGCUCUUGCAAAGUCAAGAGCCUAAUAUUGUGCCUAAUUUAUCAAUUAAAUUUUAUAAUAGGUAUGUAUAGGAGAUACAUAAGGUUUGCUGCUAUCCAUAGUUUUAGUAUUCAUGGCAGAUACAGGGGUCCUACUGUAUAUCAUGUAUUCUAUCAAAUGAGACCAAGAAACCAAGAAUUUUACCAUAAAACCCACAUGAAAAUACACCGCAAUGUCGCUGUUUUAAACCAAAAACAUGAUUGCAGUUUUUUCUCUUCAUGAACUGUGUGCUGCAGGAUUUUUUUUAUAUGGUGCACACUUACUGCAUAGACCCAUUCUCUAGGCCCAAAUUUACUGUUCACAGCUUAUCUGAGUGAGCUGAGCUCAUGGCGUAGUACUGCAAGACUAACACUAGCUUCAAAGCCGUUAUAUAAUGGGACCACACCGAAAGGGAUAAGGGUCAUAAUCACUUUGUGGGCUUACUCUAGUGCUCCAUUUUCCUGUAGCCUUGGAACCAAACUUGUUUGAACAUACAGUAAGUCCUCACUUAACAUCGUUUCACUAUAACAUUGAUGAGAAAAACAAAAUUGGUUCCUGGCUGGGGCCACUGUCUGUGUGGAGUUUGCACAUUCUUCCCAUAUCUGCAUGGGUUUUCUCCAGGUACUCCAGUUUCCUCCUACAUCCUAAAGAUGUGCACAUGAGGUUAAUUGACGUGUCUAAAUUGUCCAAGCAUGAGUGGGUGUGGAUGUGUGUGUGUAUGUGAGUGUGCUGUGCAGUAGAAUGGCAUCUUGUCCAGGGUUGGUUCCCACUCGUGCCCUGAACUGCAGGGAUAGGCUGCAGCCACCAGCAGCCCUGAACUGGAAUAAGAGGGUUGGAAAAUGAAUGUAUGAAUGAAUACAAAUUAUUGUAUAAUAAGAAUUCGUAAAGUAUACGAUAAUCAUACAAAUGCACGACAUUAAGUGAUGAGCCACAAAAGCUCUCACCAAGCCUGCCAUAUUUAUUAUUGUUUGCUUUUGAACUGUGUGGUGGUAGGUGCUCCUUAUAGUUUUUUGCUUUUGCAAACAUUUAUUCCUUGAUUUUACCCUGUUGCAACGAGGGCUAAAAGUGCACUGUGCACCCCUGUUGUUCACAUCAGUCAGCCUAUACUAAAAAUUGGUUUUAUGUAUGUCGUGUCGCUUAAGGUCGCAGUUUCCAGGAACCUGUCGAUGAUGUUAAGCGAGGAUUUACUGUACGAGUUUCCCUCUUGUAUAUUAAGGGUCUUGAUCCAGGAAAGUGAGCCCCUACGGGUUUAGUUCCUUAAUUAAUAAUAAUUUUCUUGUAUAUUACUAGCCUGAAUUAUGUAUUAUUAUUUUUAGGGGAAAGUGCUAAACCCAUAAGGGUCAUACAGUGCAUGGGGGAAUUGUCAGGUUUGAUCCAAAAAAGGGGAGGACAGAUCCAAUUAAUUGCAUCAGGAUCCCCUCACCAUCAUCAAAGGACUUUUUGAGUGGUUAUUAGCAAGAUGGGUCUCCAGGUAGACCAAAAAUAUUUGUGCUGUUUCUUGUGUUUUUUUUUAUAUGGAAAGAUAAAAGCCAUACAAUUGGUAUAUGAUUUACUCACUAUAAUUUUUAUAAAACUUAAAAAAUUGUAAAAUUGAAACUUUUCCUGAAUAACCAUAUAUAUAUUACUAGAUCCAUGUGGAUAAAUUCACCUAACUUUAGAUACUGUAUUUCAAUAUUAUUUUUAUUUAAAUGAUCCAAAGAAGAAAUUCUGAAAUCAUCUUUGGUAUCAGAACUUUUAAACAUUACGCAAGUAUGUAAAACAUUGUAUGCUAUUUAUUUAUUUAUCAAUUAAAACAAUGUGUAUAAAAAAAUAAUUAGCUAUUAUAGGCAGGGUGUUACUGAGCAGUGUUGACCAGAUGCUAUAAGACACCAUCUCAUGGAAUCCUACAGGUUCAUUACUUUUUUUCAUCAUCAAGACAAUAGGAAAUAGUAAUAGUAUAUUGAAAAGCCAUUAACUGUUAAUUCAUAAAGCAUAUUUUUUAUUAAAUUAAUCCUUUCAGGGUCGAGACCCCGGAUCUCAAACUUGCUUUCAGGGUCAAAGAAUUUAGAAAAAAAAAAUUAUUUUAUCUUAUGAAAUGAUAAAGGAAAGGAUAUUUUCUGAAGGUAAUGAAACUAAAAGUACGAAAUUUGAUGGAAAAUUUAUGGAAUUACUCUCUUGCAAAGUUAGCAUUCUCGGCGAUGUUUAUGCAUUGGCGAUUUCGCCCACUUUGUGCCCUAUUUUUGACCAUUUCCAAUGUUCCAGUCAACUGAAUUCAUAGCUAUUUCACUAGUAUUCCUUCUUAUCUAACGAUUUCAACUACCCAAUAAAGUGAUCAGAAAUCUGUAAUUUGGCCAAUUUCACACAAAUUAAAAAAUGGCCAAUUUAAAAAUAAGGCCCAGAGUAAAUAAUGUAGACAUUCCUGGCAUUAAAAAAAAAAGACAUUUUCUCGGUUUCUUAGUCACAUCUCCAGGCCCCUCUUAUAUUAAGCUUGCUUUCCAUUUUGAAUUUUUAUUCACACAAAAUAUUUACUGUUAUGCAGACUACUGCAUAAUUGUUUAACCCUUUCAGGGUCCAAGGCCAAAAUCUGAAGUGGUGCCCCAGUGUCCAAGAAAUUUUGAGAAAAAAAAAAAAAAAAUUUCUUACAGAAUUAAAGAUAAUAUUUUUGUAAAGGUAAUAAAGAAAAAAAAAAAAUUCUGAUCAGUACUUACCGAGAUACAGUGGCAGGAAGUUGUCCCAAAAUGAACGGGUGGCAGCAACAUCAGUGGCUUCUGCAAAAUCCCAUUUUUUUAUUUUACGUUUUUUAUACUUUUUUCUUUUUUAAUUUUUUUCUUUUUCUAAUAACAUUUGUGGCCUGUGAGACCAGUAUAAUGUAUAUUGUAUAAGUGUACACUCAUUGUAUUCAACACAAUAACUGCACUAAUUUGUUUAUCAUUAUAUUGCUUACAAAAUUUGCAAGUUUAUUGUAAACAAAAUGAUGAAAACAGUGCGGUUAUUGUGUUGAAUACAACAGUACCAUAUAGUACCAUAUGGUACAAUGGUGCCAUAGGGUGUAAUGGUACCAUAUGGUACAAUGGCACCAUAUGAUACAAUGGUACCAUAUGGUA